AUGAUUUUUAUUUCAGUUCAUUAUCAAAAAAUAGUUCAUCGUGAUAUCAAACCAUCAAAUUUAUUACUCUCCGAAACAGGUCACGUUAAGAUAGCAGAUUUUGGAAUUUCCUAUGAAUUUCAAGGUAUUGAUGCAUUUUUAUCUGGAACUGCUGGAACACCGGCAUUUAUGGCACCUGAAGCGCUCAAAGAAGAUUCAUCAUGCUUCUACAGUGGUCGUGCCCAAGACAUUUGGUCCUUAGGUGUCACAUUAUAUGCAUUCGUUUACGGUAUAGUACCAUUCUGGGAUUCAUAUGUCAUAGCUUUGCAUAAAAAAAUCAAAAAUGAUGCUGUCAUUUUCCCAAAAACUCCAGUAAUAAGCAAAUCAUUGGAAUUGCUAAUUUUAAGUAUACUCAAAAAAGAUCCAGGCUUACGAUUAAUGCUAAAUGAAAUUAAAGAACAUGAUUGGAUAACACAAAACGGUCGCUAUCCGAUGCCAUCUGAAGCAGAAAAUUGUGAUUUGAUAACAGUAACAAAUGAAGAAAUUCAAAAUUGUGUACGAUGUAUGCCACAUUUGGAUACAUUAAUCCUUGUAAAAUUUAUGGUACAUCGUCGGCGUUUUGGCAAUCCUUUCAAAAUUAUGGCGAAGAAAAAUUUGAAGAAUUUACGGAAAAUGUCAUCAGAAUCUGAUUCAAUGCCAAAUGAUGAGCAUAAUGAAAAGAAUAUCAGGCCUGAUAUUAGCAAAUCGAUAGAUAUGUUAAAUGUGAAAACGAAAAAUUUACUGUUGAGCGUUGGAACACACAGAAGUGAUGAUAGUAAUGAUAAAACUAUAAGCCAAGAUACUGGCAGCAAUUGGUUCUGAUUAAUCUGAUGUCAAUUCUUUGCUGUUUUUCUUGUAUGGAAGAGAAGAAAAAAUUUUCAAGC